AAAAUAAGGAAAGAUUAUUGAAGGUUCAUUUCGUUUCCCAGAAGAAAUUGUUCCACUUCCAACGGUGUAGCAGAGAUUUGGGCUUGGUUUUGAAAUGCAUUGAGAUAUUUCUUAGUGUACUCUGUGUGUGUGUGUGGAAAGAAAAUCGAAAGACCUCAAUUCAAUGGCACAGUUUACAGUACAGGGUCGCCUGAAACCCCUAUUCAAUGGAGAUGGAAUGUUGAUCGGGUUCGAACCCAAAGAACCUCGUCACCACCACCGCCAUAAGCUUCUGAGUGGUUCAGACCCAUUUCCACUUCGAUUCCACAAGCGCAAACUAGGGCUUCGUGGUUCUAGUAGCACUAGACUGUCUGCAUCAUCAUCAUCACCUGCUAGCAAAUCCUACCAUUUCAAUUCGGAGGCCAGCUUAAGUGUUGGCAAUGACGGUAUUUAUGAUGACAGUGAGGGCACUGCUGAAUUCGAGAGGGACGAGCUCUCUUGUUUCAGAGGUUUGGUCUUGGACAUCUCUUACAGGCCUGUCAAUGUUGUCUGCUGGAAGCGUGCUAUCUGUUUGGAGUUCAUGGAAAAGGCUGAUGUUCUAGAGUACUAUGAUCAAACUGUAAACUCUCCUAGUGGAUCCUUCUACAUACCUGCCGUACUAAGGGUUCCACAUUUACUGCAAGUUGUCAAGAGAAGAAGAAUCAAAAACACCCUAAGUCGUAAAAAUGUAUUUUUUCGGGAUAGUUUCACUUGUCAGUAUUGUUCAUCACGUGAGAACUUGACCAUUGACCAUGUUCUGCCAAUUGCACGAGGUGGAGAAUGGACAUGGGAGAAUCUGGUUACUGCCUGUUCCAAAUGCAAUUCAAAAAAGGGUCAAAAAACUUUAGAUGAAGCAAAAAUGAAUCUACUUAAGGUCCCCAAGGCCCCCAAAGAUUAUGACAUACUGUCCAUACCCCUGACAAGCACUGCCAUAAAGAUGUUGAGAAUGAGAAAGGGUACACCCGAAGAGUGGCUCCAAUACCUAUGAAAGCCAUCUUCAGAGCCAUGACAUCAAUCUGUGGUUGGCUGCAAUUUGUACAUACCUCUUCUGAAUCAUACAAAGUAAUAUUCUUCCCAACAAUGACAGAGAGCUCUAAUUUUGGAGUUAUGAAGAAAGCUCUAAUGAUGUGGCAAGAGAGAAGAAAAAAAAAAAACAAACAAACAGAGGUGCACACAUCACAUCACGUGUGCUCCACUCAUUGCCACAUCAUUAAAGCUCUCUUUAAAGCUCCAAAAUUAGAGUUCUCAAUCUUUAUUCUAUUCUUCCCGUCUUGUCUCACUAAAAAAGCGUAAAAUUGUUCAUGUAGUUUUUAGCCAAAUAGCUGUUGCAACCUAUGUUCCCUACGUAGAUAAUAUUCAUGUAUAGCGACUGUUAUCUGCUGCUGUAUUUUCUUCUUUUAGGCUUUGCUUUGCCCAUUCUUACGGCCAAGCACUUGUAUGAUCUUAAAAAUAAACACCUUGGUUCAGUUAUGCUUGUAAAAAUGUAAUACUGCCUUUGUAAUGAUUAAAUUAUUGACAUUUAA